AUGUCAACUCCAGUUGAACUGGUUAGAAAGUAUGAUACGGAAAAUCUUAUCGAAUUUUUGAAGGAGCAGAAAGACUUGCAACUCGGUGAUGUUCAUUUCGAAAUCUUACGCGAUGAGGAGAUCACCGGACGCACAUUUCUCAAGACGACCAAAGAUGAAUUCCGUAUCUUAGGAAUGACUUUUGGACCGGCGUCGGCUCUUUCUAAGAGAUUAAGAUAUGACCUCGAUAGUGAUGGUAUAGAAUCCAUCCCGCUAUUCACCCUUCCAACCUAUGAGAUUCAAGACAACGAUAAGUAUUUUGCGCGUUGUAUGGCCGAGAUUUUAGUCCGACUGAAAAAUUACGGGACAUUACUCGUCGAUAGCUUAGAAGUAUACGGAAUGAAUACGUCUUUCCACUCCCAUCGAAAUCAAUCUACCGAAUCAAGUCAUCUCGACACAGAGGAGUUUAUUAUGAGACCGCAAUAUGAAAUCACGGGAGAAAAAAGUACAGGCCAAGUCGAUUACGCAAUCAAGGAAACCGAGGAUUUGAUUUGCGUCACUGAAGAUAAACAGCACAAAGUCCCGCGCAAAAUAUCGUGCAAUUGGAGAGCUCGUUCGAAACAAACAUCGUAUUUUUAA